UCGAUCUGCUGACCUCAUGAUCUGCCUGUCUCGGACUCCCAAAGUGCUGGGAUUACGGGCAUGAGCCACCGCACCCGGCAUUACAUCAAUUCUUUAAGCCUGUUUGCUCACCUGAAAAUGAAGCUAGUAAUUCCUGCCUUGUGUGGUCAUUAUGAGCAUUAAAUGAAAUAACACAUGUAUAUAGUAUUAGCAUAUAGCAUUUCUGUGUAAUACAGCACAUACAAAAUAGUCCAUAGUUUGGUGACAUGCUUUUUUACUUAACCGUCUAUCACGAACAUUUUCCAUAUUAAUAGAUCUGUAUCAGCAUCAUUUUAAUGGCUAGCUGAUGCUAAUUUCGAGGUAAUAUGUACUAUAAUUCACCCUGGAGUAGCCUCUGGCAGAGCGACUGUAGCAUAGGCAUUUCUGUAGGACUGUGCUGUUUCCUGUUGACUGCACUCCGCACUGCCCUAGUGCUUCUGAUUCUUCUAGGUGUUAACGGUUUGAGGAUGCUGGGGAUUCUCCAUGAUGCAGUUGUGUUUCUCAUUGAGCAGCUGUCUGGUGCCAAGCACUGUCGAAAUUACAAAUUCCGUUUCCACAAGCCAGAGGAGGCCAAUGAACCCCCCUUGAACCCUCAUGGCUCAGCCAGGGCUGAAGUCCACCUCAGGAAGUCAGCAUUUGACAUGUUUAACUUCCUGGCUUCGAAACAUCGUCAGCCUCCUGAAUACAACCCCAACGAUGAAGAAGAGGAGGAGGUACAGCUGAAGUCAGCUCGGAGGGCAACUAGCAUGGAUCUGCCAAUGCCCAUGCGUUUCCGGCACUUAAAAAAGACUUCUAAGGAGGCAGUUGGUGUCUACAGGUCUCCCAUCCAUGGCCGGGGUCUUUUCUGUAAGAGAAACAUUGAUGCAGGUGAGAUGGUAAUUGAGUAUGCCGGCAACGUCAUCCGCUCCAUCCAGACUGACAAGCGGGAAAAGUAUUACGACAGCAAGGGCAUUGGUUGCUAUAUGUUCCGAAUUGAUGACUCAGAGGUAGUGGAUGCCACCAUGCAUGGAAAUGCUGCACGCUUCAUCAAUCACUCGUGUGAGCCCAACUGCUAUUCUCGGGUCAUCAAUAUUGAUGGGCAGAAGCACAUCGUCAUCUUUGCCAUGCGUAAGAUCUACCGAGGAGAGGAACUCACUUAUGACUAUAAGUUCCCCAUUGAGGAUGCCAGCAACAAGCUGCCCUGCAACUGUGGCGCCAAGAAAUGCCGGAAGUUCCUAAACUGAAGCUGCUCUUCUCCCGCAGUGUUGGAGUGCAAGGACGUGGGGCCAUCCAAAGCAACGCGGAAGGCCUUUUCCAGCAGCUGGGAGCUCCCGGAUUGAGUGGGCACAGCUGAGGGGCCUCUGUGAUGGCUGAGCUCUCUUAUGUCCUAUACUCACAUGUGAUCAUAGUCCCGGAGAGAGAGUUGAGGUCUCGAAGAAAGAUCCAUGAUCGGCUUUCUCCUGGGGCCCCUCCAAUUGUUUACUGUUAGAAAGUGGGAAUGGGGUCCCUAGCAGACUUGCCUGGAAGGAGCCUGUUAUAGAGGGUUGGUUAUGUUGGGAGAUUGGGCCUGAAUAUCUCCACAGAAAUAAGUUGCCAUCCUCAAGUUGGCCCUUUCCCAAGCACUGUAAGUGAGUGGGUCAGGCAAGGCCCCAAAUGGAGGGUUGGUUGAAUUCCUGACAGUUUGCCAGCCAGGCCCCACCUACGGCGUCUGUCGAACAAACAGAGGUCUGGUGGUUUUCCCUACUAUCCUCCCACUUGAGAGUUCACUUCUGGUUGGGAGAUAGGAUUCCUAGCACCUCUGGUGUCAAAAGGCUGUCAUGGGGUUGUGCCAAUUAAUUACCAAACAUUGAGCCUGUAGGCUUUGAGUGGGAGUGUUGUCCCCAGGAGCCUUAUCUCAGCCAAUUACCUUUCUUGACAGUAGGAGCGGCUUCCCUCUCCCAUUCCCUCUCUUCACUCCCUUUUCUUCCUUUCCCCCGUCUUCAUCCCACUGCUUUCCCAUGCUUCUUUCUGGGUUGUAGGGGAGACUGCCUGCCUGCUCAAGGACACUCCCUGCUGGGCAUAGGAUGUGCCUGCAAAAAGUUCCCUGAGCCUGUAAGCACUCCAGGUGGGGAAGUGGACAGGAGCCAUUGGUCAUAACCAGACAGAAUUUGGAAAAGUUUUCAUAAAGCUCCACGGAGAGUUUUAAAGAAACAUAAGUAGCAUGAUUUUUUAGGAGAUGAAAAAAGAUGAUUUAAAUAGGAUUUAAAUCAUGCGACAACCAGAGUAUCACAGCCAGGAUGACCCCUGGGUCCCAUUCCUAAGACAUGGUUACUUUAUUUUCCCCUUGUUAAGACAUAGGAAGACUUAAUUUUUAAAUGGUCAGUGUCCAGUUGAAGGCAGAACACUAAUCAGAUUUCAAGGCCCACAACUUGGGGACUAGACCACCUUGUGUUGAGGGAACUCUGCCACCUGCGUGCAACCCAUGGCUACAGUAAAUUCAAUGACACUACUGCCCUGAUUACUCCUUAGGAUGUGGUCAAAACAGCAUCAAAUGUUUCUUCUCUUCCUUUCCCCAAGACAGUGUCCUGAACCUGUUAAAUUAAGUCAUUGGAUUUUACUCUGUUCUGUUUACAGUUGACUAUUUAAGGUUUUAUAAAUGUAAAUAUAUUUUGUAUAUUUUUCUAUGAGAAGCACUUCAUAGGGAGAAGCACUUAUGACAAGGCUAUUUUUUAAACCGCGGUAUUAUCCUAAUUUAAAAGAAGAUCGGUUUUUAAUAAUUUUUUAUUUUCAUAGGAUGAAGUUAGAGAAAAUAUUCAGCUGUACACACAAAGUCUGGUUUUUCCUGCCCAACUUCCCCCGGAAGGUGUACUUUUUGUUGUUUAAUGUGUAGCUUGUUUGUGCCCUGUUGACAUAAAUGUUUCCUGGGUUUGCUCUUCGACAAUAAAUGGAGAAGGAAGGUCACCCAACUCCAUUGGGCCACUCCCCUCCUUCCCCUAUUGAAGCUCCUCAAAAGGCUACAGUAAUAUCUUGAUACUACAGUUUCUCUUCUUCUUUCCCGCCUCUCUCCUUUCCGGCGCAACUUCCAGAGUGGUGAGAGACGGCAAUCUUUUACAUUUCCCUCAUCUUUCUUACUUCAGAGUUAGCAAACAACAAGUUGAAUGGCAACUUGACAUUUUCCAUCGCCAUCUGCCUCACAGGCCACUUUUCCCUUUCCCUCUGCCCACCAAGGCCUCGUAUCUGCAGAGAACCCAUUGAUCACCUUGUGCCCUCUUUUGGGGCAGCCCGUUGAAACUGAAGCACAGUCUGACCACUCACGAUAAAGCAGAUUUUUCUCUGCCUCUGCCACAAGGUUUCAGAGUAGUGUAGUCCAAGUAGAGGGUGGGGCACCCUUUUCUCGCCGCAAGAAGCCCAUUCCUAUGGAAGUCUAGCAAAGCAAUACGACUCAGCCCAGCACUCUCUGCCCCAGGACUCAUGGCUCUGCUGUGCCUUCCAUCCUGGGCUCCCUUCUCUCCCGUGACCUUAAGAACUUUGUCUGGUGGCUUUGCUGGAACAUUGUCACUGUUUUCACUGUCAUGCGGGGAGCCCAGCACUGUGGCCAGGAUGGCAGAGACUUCCUUGUCAUCAUGGAGAAGUGCCAGCAGGGGACUGGGGAAAGCACUCUACCCAGACCUCACCUCCCUUCCUCCUUUCGCCCAUGAACAAGAUGCAGUGGCCCUAGGGGUUCCACUAGUGUCUGCUUUCCUUUAUUAUUGCACUGUGUGAGGUUUUUUUGUAAAUCCUUGUAUUCCUAUUUUUUUUAAAGAAAAAAAAA